AUGGUAAUGCAUUUGACCUUCCGUCACCAUGAUCCACCCACUAAUUCGCUUCAGACAAUCUUCUUCGGCGCCAACGAUGCUUGUGUGGAAGGACACCAACAACAUGUCCCUAUUGAAACUUUUAAAGAAAAUCUUAAGAAGCUCAUUCAGCACCCAGCGACAGUUGCUCAGAAUCCCCGAAUUGUUCUCAUUACUCCCCCGCCAAUCAAUGAAUACCAACUAGAGGGCUUUGAUCAUGCUAAGGAUACUGCCCAUCCAAGUCGGACUGCUGCCAUAACAAAGACUUAUGGAGAGGCAGUUAAGGAAGUAGGAAAGUCUUUGAAUGUCCCUGUUGCGGAUAUUUGGACAGCUUUUAUGACCUCCGUUGGUUGGCAGGAGGGUCAGCCUCUUAUUGGGUCCAGAGAUGCGCCACGGAAUGAGAAUUUUGACAGCCUUUUCAUUGAUGGACUGCACCUUACUGGAGAUGGUUAUCGAUUCGUCUUUUCGGAGGUGAUGAAGGAGAUUAACGCUACUUGGCCUGAUCAGUCUCCGAACAGCUUACCUAUGGUUUUCCCCGCUUGGACUGAGUUUUACCAGUAA